AUGUCCGUUUCGAUUGAUUUUGGGACGGCUUUUAGUCGUGUAGCGUAUUGUUCAUCACAUGUUGCGGGAGGUAUAGUUGAACAGAUCCCGACUUGCUUGCUGUACGACGAUGCCGGACGUGUGUUAGCGCGGGGUUUGGAAGCGAAGCAUGCAAUCCCUAUGCCGGCUACAGUCAUAUGUGAACGUUUCAAGCUGUUCCUGGAGCCCAGUGCGUUGAGGGAUGACAUUGUGGAUCCGAGAUUACCUAAGUUGCCUUCGGGAAAGAAAGCGGUGGAUCUAAUUAUUGAUUUCUUGACAUGUCUCUGGGAUUAUGCUCGUGAACGAAUUACUCAGGAAAUUGAUGUUGUUGCGGAUUUGAAUUCCGCUGACGUUUGGCUCACUGUCCCUGCGACUUGGGAUACGAAGGGCUGUCGAACCAUGCGUGACGCUGCGAUCCAAGCAGGUCUUGUUGGUGCCGCCUCUGCGGACGACCGUGAUUGGAGAGAUCGUCUUCAUAUUAUUACCGAAUCAGAAGCAGCAGCCGUACAUUGCACCCGCCUUACAAACUUCCGUCAACUCCGUUCCAGUCAAAAUUUCAUGAUCUGCGAUGCUGGAGAUACAGUGGAUCUUACCGUUUACAAAAUCAUUGGUUCGCUCCAAAAUUUUGAAAUCGCCGAAAUGUGCGCUUGCUCGCGGUCCAAUUGUGGUUCACUCCUCGACUUGAAAUUCAAGGAGUUGGUGAGGACGCUGUUGGCGGAUCACCCUGUUCAUUUGGAGCCUGACAGUUUGGAGUAUUUUACGUAUGCGUUCAAUGAGACGGGUAAACUUGAGUAUCUUGGAGAAAGCAAUGAUGGGGAUAUGUUCUAUUUCACUUGUUUUAAUGUUGAGGAUCCUGAUGAUCCUUCAGUUGGUCUGGUUAAUGGUGACCUGGCUUUGCCAGGUAACUUGCUUCGAAGAGAGGUAUUCGAUCCAGUCAUUGAGCAAGUAUUGAACUUGAUCGAGUCACAAACCCGCCGUGUUGAUCAGAGGAUUGACGCCUUACUACUUGUCGGUGGUUUCUCAGGAAGUGAAUAUCUCUUUAGGCGAAUGAAUGAGACUUUUGGUUCUCGUAUCAAAGUCAUUGCUCGCCCCUCCGAUGCAGACACUGCAACAUGUCGUGGUGCCGCUCAACUCGGCCUCCCUGGUCAUCCACUUGUCUCUUCCAUCAUCGUACCCAGAUCAUAUAUCAUGGGGGUCUCAUUACCGGUCGAGCCAGAGGAUUGGCAGAGACCUCAGGCAUACAUCACUGAAAACGAUGCUGGUGACCAUAUUUGCGAAAAUAGGUUGCAAUACUUUGUCAGUAAAGGUGCAAUUUUGAGAAGGGGUCAGAGGGUUCGGGCCAAGUGCCGCAAAUUUUCUUCUACACCUCGGGAUUUUCUGUUCGUUGCGAUGUUUUACGCGACAGAUUCAGAUAAAAUCAUGCGGUAUACUGAUGAACUUGCAGGCGAGAUGUAUACGUUGGCCAGGUGGACCGUGGACCUCACCAAUUUACCCAAUUUCCAACAGCAUGCAAAUAACCCUCAACCAGGCGGUUUCUACACUGAUUUCGAAAUUGGUUUGGAACUUGACUCAGCUGAAAUUCGGGGUGUCAUACUGUAUCAUGGAUAUGAUUAUGGCCAAGUUACAUUGGAUCUCUUAGUUUGA